UCUCUGGUCAGUCCUGUCUGUCUCACCAGAGACUGCUUCCACCGCCAUGGACCGCAAACCACGGGUGUCGGGACAUGAAUCACCUUCAGCAUUUUUACUCAUUUUACCUUGAGUCUGCUGAAUUUGAUUGAUUUCUUUACCACCCACUGCAAGUUGACUUCGCGAAUGGUGUAGCGCACCAGACCACAGCUCAUGUCACAGGCCUCCAGUCACUGUCUUACUACCAACCCAUGGGUUACUUGGGCUCCAUAUUCAGCGCUGACACAGACACAGACAUGGAAACUGCUGAUAUCGGUAGUGGAAGAGCAAGCUGGUCGCGAGGGCCGUUGCUCGGGAGAGGCUCGUUCGGCCGAGUGAACAUCGGAUUCGACAGCGCUAGUGGGGAGCUCAUAGCAGUCAAAUCUGUUCGCGUCACGGAGAAUACCUCUCAUGAGCUCCACGCGUUGGAGAACGAGUACGAGAUUCUUCAGCAGCUGGAUUCCCCGAACGUCAUCAAGUGCUUCGGAGCUGAUUGGUCCAUGGAAGACGGUGUUCCCACGAGAAACCUCCUGCUAGCGCUAGCUUCUGGGGGGAAUCUCGCAGAGCUGGCUUCCUCUGCGGGCUGCGAAAGUGGCUUAUGCGAAGCUGACGUCGCUCGCCACGUCAGAGGAGUCGUCGAGGGUUUGAGCUACAUCCACGAGCAAGGCGUGGUGCACUGCGAUCUUAAAGCCCGCAACAUCGUCCUGGGUGACUCCUGCGUGGUCCUGGUCGACUUCGGUCUCUCUUUAAGAAGACGAGAGGCAGCUGGUAGUCAGGAGGUCAUUAGCGAUCAUGACUUGAAUCGGAAAGAGAAGCUUCGAGGAACGCCGUGCUGGAUGGCGCCUGAAGUCGUAGCGGGAGGGGACAUUGGCGCGGCGUGCGAUGUCUGGUCGCUCGGAUGCACGGUGAUAGAGCUGCUUACUGGGAAGCCGCCAUGGUCAUCUCAAUGUGCCGACCCAAUGUCCGUGCUGUACAAACUCGGAUGCACCAGCGAGCUCCCCCGAAUUCCGCAGAAUGUGUCUCCAUCGUGUAACAACUUCAUCCAUAAAUGCCUUCACCGGGACCCGCAGCAGAGACCGACAGCAGCUGAGCUUCUUACACAUCCGUUUCUUCGUGUACAGGAGGCAAUCCCGAAAGCAUACAGCACCCCAUCUCAUCCCGCAUCAUCUCCACCACUCACGGAAGUCACCAGCAAAGGCCGACUACACGUGGACAUGCCAUCGUCACCCAUGGCUCUUGAUUCUGACGAAGACCUGAAUCUGAACCUCACGUGCUGCAAGAUGGUGGACGAGCUGUGCGCUCUCUUCCCGCCAACGCCCUCUCCCCGCCUGGUCUCCCCUCUCCAUAUGGUUGCACAGGAUUGGGGUUCUCUCACCCGGCCGUCACAUCACCCGAAUCCUACAACGGGUACACCCUCCAACUCCAAGUUUCAAUGGGAGGAGGGAAUUCGGAGCAAAUCUCGCCCACCCAGAAGGCCAUCCAUCAGCGUUCCUGCACAGGACGGCUCUUCACUGGACAGACAAACCAGCUCGGGUGGAGCAAGGGACAAUGCAUGGGGUGCUCCCUCGCCUGCUUCAAACCAUGGCUGUUUGGAGCCAGAAUCGUCCCCGCCAGAGUUGGAUCCGAUCUCACCUGAUGUACAGGAAGCAGAUGCGUGGCAAGCUUGGGGUGGGGAGAGGUAGCAGAAGUUUCUUCACUGCUGAUGACAUGAUUCCAGCGUCCGUCAUUGUCUAUUCAUAAUGGGCGCCAUUAUACUGAUCGUGCUUAUCCGCCAUACAAUUUUCAGGUGUACAUGGAUUGUUUGAAUAUUGCAUCGACAUAUUAUUACAGCAUCACACAAA